CUCAGAUUCACUUGGUGAUGAUAUUAGGGAUCCGAGUAAGCUGAAGUUUCAACAAUGGCGAACACUUUUACUGCACUGGAAUCUCACAACCAAUGAGAUGUUUUAGCGCCUCCCAAGUAAGAAGGUAGCUCUUUUCACGCUGCAAUCCUGUCCAACUCAAGCAUUCAAUCACUUCAAGCGCUCGUCAAAGCACUGACCUUAUAGUAGCCAGAAUAAAACUUCAAACUUGCAAAUUAAUUAUCGGUAUUCAGCGGAACUUGGUUUUCCACAUGUAUAAGGUUCCCUAAUCACGUAUAAAAAUGUCUCGGAACUCUAAAACAAAGGAAACAGAAUUAACACAAUGUCUCUCAAACAAUACAAUUUCAACAAACAGGAAGAAACGCAGUGAUACGGAAUCACAUAUGGAAGUUCCAAAGAAUGCCAAGAAGCGACGCAGAGAAUCCUCAUCACCCGUAGACAUUCAGAGGAACGUCAGUAGAAAACGGAAAGAUCUAAUAAUGCCUACUAGCUCGAAAUCGAAAGUUUCUACAACCAAAAGCCCAUCUGUUCGAAAACGAGAUUUGAGGCGUCUUGGGUACUGUCCUAACUCUGGAAACAUAAGAGUAAGCAAUGUGAAGAUAAGCGACAUAAAUACGAUUCGAACGCGACGGAACACAUAUUCGCUAAUUUCGUUACCAGAGGUAAAUUAUGGAAUAAAGAAACGUGUGGUAAGAAGAAGAGGAAGGAAGAUCAGGACGAUAAAGAACGACGAAAUGAGCAGCGAAAUAAGCCAACCAGAAAGUAUGCAAGAAUCAGAGGUUGAGAACGAAACACAAUCUCAGCGUGAAAUAAGAGAAGAAAGAAGAGAGGAAAGAAGAGUUCAUCCUCUCAGUACUUGGGUGUCGAAGGCUGUGAAAGUUAUGUCGUCAUAUAUAGUAGCUUGGAUAUAGAGACAUUCUUUUAAUGAGAUUUCUUCACUCGAAGUUCCCAGUAAUGAAAACAGUUUUUCAUACGUGUAGAUUAUUCGUGAAAAUAGAUUUUAUGUAUUUUUCUUGUGAUAAUGCAAUUAUUUUAGAAAGCAAAUAAAAUUAUUACAAAUAUCA